AUGGGAAUAUCGUGCCACACCACACAGCACCACAUCAUCAUCACCUGCCGAGCUGCUGCUCAAAUGCAGGAUCCACACCAAAAUGCCCUCUGUGACCACACACACACUACACCCGACAAGGCCCUUCGCACAAGAGACCGCGAGGCCAAAGCCAAGAUGAAAACCUACUCAGACACUUGCCAACACGCCAGGCCUCACCCUUUCCAACCUGGCGACAUGGUGUUGUGUUCCCAACCCAGGCACAACAAACUUACCCCAGCAUACAACCCCAAGCCUUACAAAGUAACCACUGUCAAAGGCACCAUGGUCACAGCUGAGCGGAGUGGACACUCGGUAACGAGAAACUCCUCCUUCUUUAAAAAGCUCAGUCCUACACUGCACGACACAGCAGCUGAAGAAGAGGACGAUGUCACCCCUGACGUCACUACUGGCACUGCCCCUGUGUUAGCAAGGUAUCCGGCCAGGCGCCGACAGCCUCCACUGUACCUCAGGAGAGUUAAAGCUGUGGUGUCCAUUCAGCCUGAUGCACAUGUGUUCAUUGGAGAGCAUGUUACUCUCAGAUGUGACACACAGGGAGGAGGAGACACUCAGCGGCCAUACAGCUGGUAUAAGAAUAAUUACAGAUUAUCACAGGGAGGACAUAUAGUCUUCAGAGACGGCACAAAGCAGGAGUUGUUUCUCAGGCCUGUUGGUGACUCUGACGGUGGUUCCUACACCUGCAGAGGACAGGAUUCAGAGAUCAGUGAUGCUGUUACACUGACUGUAUCAGAAAAACCCAAAGUGACUGUGAGAGUGAAUCCUCAGAGCUCCGUCUACACUGGAGACACCAUCACUCUGAGCUGUGAGCUGCAGCAGGGGGCUGGAUGGCAGUUUCUCUGGGAGAAAAAGAAUCAGGAUUCGCAGUUUGUGAACACUGGAGCUGCAAACACCAACUCAGUCAAAGUGACAGUUGAUACUGCAGGAGAAACUGGGUAUCGGUGUGGAGCACACAGGCGGAACGCAUGGGCGCAAAGAGACUACUACACAGACUACAGUGAUUUUGUCAGGAUUACAGUAAGAGUGAGACCUAAACCAGUGGCAUCCGUGAAUCCUGAUAAACAGGUGUUCAGUGGAGACGACGUCACUCUGAGAUGUGACAUACAGGAUGAAAGUGUCUCUAGCUGGCAGUACAGCUGGUAUAAAGAUCCUUCACACAGUCAUGUCAGUAAUGAACAGGUGUACACAAUCAGUGGUGUUAAAGCGACCCACACAGGUAACUACACCUGUAGAGGAGCAGAGAGAGGAGGCUCACGCUCAUCACACUUCAGUGAUGCUGUUACACUGACUGUAUCCGAGAGACCACGGGCAGUACUGAGUGCAUCUCCACAGAGCUGGCUGACUGAAGGAGACUCAGUGACUCUAAGCUGUGAGGUUACAGGCUCCUCUACAGACUGGACAUUCAGCUGGUACACAACUGUUCCCUACAGAUCCGGAUUAACUCAAAUAACAAAUAGUCGUGGCUAUAACAUGUCUGUGGAGCUCCUCUCAGACAGCAGCAGAGGAUCUGGAGGCAAAUACACUCUCAGUCCUGCUGCUCUGAAACACACAGGAGUUUAUAUGUGCAGAGGAGAGAGAGGAGAACCAGCCUUUCACACACAGUACAGCAAUCCACAGCCUCUAUGGAUCACUGGUGAAUCUCCUCCAGUCUCUCUGAUCAUCAAUCCCAACAGAACUCAACACUUUACUUCUGACUCUCUCUCACUGAGCUGUAACUCUACUGACCAGAGUCGUUCUACUGGAUGGACGGUGAGACGAUACACACACAGUGAGGGAGUGUUAGAUUGUUCUCCAUGUAAAAUCAGCUCCCUCUCCACAUCCUACACUGGAGUUUACUGGUGUCACUCUGAAUCUGGAGAAAACAGGAAUCCUGUUAACAUCACAGUGCAGCGUCCAUCACGUGUAGAAGCUCCAUUCUCAGUGCUCAUGCUGAUCUGUAGUGUAGUGACGGCCUCUCCGUAUCUGCUGGCGACCAUCAUUCUGCUGGUCAAAUGUUACAGAGCUCGAGCUAAGAGGAAGCGAGACAGCAACACUGAGCUCCUGGAAUACCUUGAGCGGGCGGACGAGAAGUUCCUGCAGCACAGCAAGGAAAUGAACGAUGCCUUGCUGCACAAGCUGGAGGCAGACAACAGUGCGUUCCUCAGUAUAAUGGGGCGCAUGGUGUCUUGGAGUCUCUACUGUGUGCUCUUUUUUGUAUGUGAGAGUUUGAGAAAAACAAAAAGUAUUGAAGAUUUUUCAGGAAAGAGGAAGGAAGAGCAGAUACAGUGCCUGAUGGAGCUCAGUCCACUCCCGGUGAUGCUCUUGCUGGUCUCACUGAUACCAGUGGCCCAUGUUCAAGGGAGAGUUAAAGCUGUGGUGUCCAUUCAGCCUGAUACACAUGUGUUCAUUGGAGAGCGUGUUACUCUCAGAUGUGACACACAGGGAGGAGGAGACACUCAGUGGCCAUAUGGACUCUACAAAGACGGAAGCUAUCUAGCCUCAAAGGAGUUCAGUAUCAGGUCUGUUGGUGACUCUGGCGGUGGUUCCUACACCUGCAGAGGACGGGAUUCAGAGAUCAGUGAUGCUGUUACACUGACUGUAUCAGGUGAAUCUCCUCCAGUCUCUCUGAUCAUCAAUCCCAACAGAACUCAACACUUUACUUCUGACUCUCUCUCACUGAGCUGUAACUCUACUGACCAGAGUCGUUCUACUGGAUGGACGGUGAGACGAUACACACACAGUGAGGGAGUGUUAGAUUGUUCUCCAUGUAAAAUCAGCUCCCUCUCCACAUCCUACACUGGAGUUUACUGGUGUCACUCUGAAUCUGGAGAAAACAGGAAUCCUGUUAACAUCACAGUGCAGGAUGGUGCUGUGAUCCUGGAGAGUCCUGUCCAUCCUGUGACUGAGGGACAUCCUCUGACUCUACGCUGUUUAUAUCGAAACCCAAAGCCCUCAAACCUCCGAGCUGAUUUCUAUAAAGAUGGAUCAGUCCUCCAGACACAGACUACAGGAGAGAUGAUCAUCCAUAAUGUCUCAAAGUCAGAUGAAGGUUUCUACCACUGUAAACACCCAGAGAGAGGAGAGUCACUGAAAAGCUGGGUCUCAGUCAGAUGUCCAUCAUGUGUAGAAGCUCCAUUCUCAGUGCUCAUGCUGAUCUGUAGUGUAGUGACGGCCUCUCCGUAUCUGCUGGCGACCAUCAUUCUGCUGGUCAAAUGUUACAGAGCUCGAGCUCACACUGUUGGAGAGAAUUGA